AUGGUCGGGAAGAUCAGGUAGUGGAGGGAAGGGCAGGGGUGACAGCUGCAGGCUCUCCCUGGUGUCGGGAAAGGAAACAGAAAGUAGCCGAUCAGCCGGGAGAAGGGUAGCCGAGGAACCUUUGCUUUGCGAAUGCGCCCAAAACGAAAUUGAGAGCUGGGCAUAACCCGUAAUCCUGAGAGUGGAACCUCAUUUUAUAAGGAUGGAAUAAUGAAAGAUGUUUUAAAGCGUGUCUUCUGAGCUGUUGAGAAAGUGGGCAGGCUUUAAGGGUGCACCAUCUGCUUGGCAUUGUGGGGGAUAAAAAGUAAGUCUAAUAUGUGACUGGUGUUUGAAGGUGCUUGCCAUUCUAAAGGUGCCGACUGGGGAGUCAGACAGGAUUCACUUUCUCGGCCUGCCACUUAAAAAAGGCUCUGUGACCUUGGAAAAGUUUCUUAACGUCUCAGUUCUCCAGCUACAUCAUUUUAAGAAAGUACAGGUGCACUAUGAAAAUUAGAAACACGUAUGACACCCAAGACGGUGCCUGAUACGUACUAAAAGCACAGUAAAAAUGUUUGAAAUGAACUGAAUAACUGAUAAUUCCCUGUGCAGAAUGACUAGCAGCAGGCGAUGGAAGAGAGAAUACAAAUACCACUGGCUACCUGUUGUUGGACAGUUACAAUAGAGAUGUUUAUCAAGCUUGAAAGAAGUUUGAAACUUUUCAGUCUGGUGGUGACAUUGCGCGAAACUUGGACCUGAUUGGAGAGAACCUUCCCUGCAACCUAAGCAAGCCAACUCUCAACUGCUCUCUCUCCCUCUAAUCCCAGCUGAGCCCUUGGAAGCCAGCAAGCCACUGCUUAGGGCUUAUCACAGUGGCCCUGAGGCUGUAAUGAGGAUGGCCAAGUUUGGAGAGAAGGAUCAUCAGGGAAGUAUGUGAGGCAAUGUGACAGGAUGCAGAAGACCCAGAUGGCAUCCAGGUAUACAAGUCCAAGCUCUGAUGAGCCAGUUCAGGAAGUUGUAAGAGGUGCACCCGACUCCCAAGCAGAUGAGCUGGGUGUCAAGACACGGUCAAGGUGCUGAAGAAACCUGAAAACAGUGGGAAGUUGCAGGGACAGAGUUGCAAAGAAGCUGGUCCUAGUGAGCCCUACGUCAGAGCAGUAUGACAGCCUACUUCGGCAGAUGUGGGAGAGGAUGGACGAGGGAUGCGGAGAGACCAUAUAUGUCAUUGGGCAGGGAUCAGAUGGGACUGAAUACGGGCUGAGUGAAGCUGACAUGGAGGCCUCCUACGCCACAGUGAAGAGCAUGGCUGAGCAGAUUGAGGCCGACGUCAUCCUCCUGCGGGAACGGCAAGAAGCUGGGGGCCGUGUACGGGAUUACCUGGUCCGGAAACGAGUAGGAGACAAUGAUUUCCUGGAGGUCAGGGUAGCAGUAGUGGGCAACGUGGACGCCGGCAAAAGCACACUUCUGGGGGUCCUGACACACGGGGAGCUGGACAAUGGCCGAGGCUUUGCCCGCCAGAAACUCUUCCGCCACAAACAUGAGAUUGAAUCUGGUCGCACCAGCAGCGUGGGCAAUGACAUUCUGGGCUUUGACAGCGAAGGCAAUGUGGUGAACAAGCCAGACAGCCACGGGGGCAGCCUUGAGUGGACAAAGAUCUGUGAGAAGUCCACGAAGGUUAUUACCUUCAUCGACUUGGCUGGCCACGAGAAAUACCUGAAGACCACUGUCUUUGGCAUGACUGGCCAUUUACCUGACUUCUGCAUGCUCAUGGUGGGCAGCAAUGCUGGCAUUGUAGGGAUGACCAAGGAGCACCUGGGCUUGGCCUUGGCACUCAAUGUGCCCGUCUUUGUGGUGGUUACCAAGAUUGACAUGUGUCCUGCCAACAUCCUGCAAGAAACCCUGAAGCUGUUACAGCGCCUGUUGAAGUCACCAGGAUGCCGGAAGAUCCCUGUGCUGGUGCAGAGCAAGGAUGACGUGAUUGUCAUGGCCUCAAACUUCAGUUCUGAGAGGAUGUGCCCAAUCUUCCAGCUCUCCAACGUAACAGGUGAGAACCUAGAGCUGCUGAAGAUGUUCCUCAACCUCCUGUCCCCCCGCACCAGCUACAGGGAGGAGGAGCCCGCUGAGUUUCAGAUUGAUGACACCUACUCUGUCCCGGGUGUGGGGACGGUAGUGUCGGGAACAACACUGAGGGGCCUGAUCAAACUGAAUGACACACUGCUGCUGGGUCCAGACCCUCUGGGGAACUUCCUGUCCAUUGCUGUCAAAUCGAUCCAUCGCAAGCGAAUGCCUGUUAAGGAGGUGCGGGGUGGCCAGACGGCCUCCUUCGCACUGAAGAAGAUCAAACGCUCAUCCAUCCGGAAAGGCAUGGUGAUGGUUUCCCCACGCCUGAAUCCCCAAGCAUCCUGGGAGUUUGAGGCGGAGAUUCUCGUCCUCCACCACCCCACCACCAUCAGCCCACGCUACCAGGCCAUGGUGCACUGUGGGAGCAUCAGGCAGACGGCCACCAUUCUCAGCAUGGACAAGGACUGUCUGCGCACUGGGGACAAGGCCACUGUGCACUUCCGCUUCAUCAAGACCCCUGAGUACCUGCACAUAGACCAGCGGCUGGUGUUCCGGGAAGGCCGCACCAAGGCUGUGGGCACCAUCACCAAGCUCCUCCAGACCACCAACAACUCCCCGAUGAACUCCAAGCCCCAGCAGAUUAAAAUGCAGUCAACAAAAAAGGGCCCCCUGAGCAGACGGGAAGAGGGGGGCCCCGCAGGUGGGCCCUCAGUAGGUGUACCCCCACCUGGGGACACGGCCACCUCUCUUGGGGCUGCGCAGCCGUCUGCAGCCAGCAGUCUUCAGCCACAGCCCAAGCCCAGCAGCGGGGGCCGGCGACGGGGUGGCCAGCGACACAAAGUGAAGUCCCAAGGAGCCUGUGGGACUCCUGCCAGCGGCUGCUGAAUCUUCCCCGGCCCAGCCCCUCCACCCGAGGGAUCCUCACACUGGCCACUGCCCCACCAGAUGGCCAGAGCAGCUCUGACCACAGCCCGCCCUCCCCUCAGGCCACAGCCAGAGCCACCCUUGUCACCCCCACCCCUGUUUUCCAGGGGGCUUGUAAUUUAUAAGCCGAGGCAGGUGGCCAGACUUCCUAAGGACUGACCAUCUCUCACCCCCUUUCCACCUUCCUCCUCACCCACACGUUUUUUGUACAUCUGGGCCCUUAGUUUUUAUUCUUUUUAUUAUAUAUCUAUAUCUAUAUUUAGCGUGUGUGUGCGUGUGUGAGGUGCAGGAUGCGGCCGGUCAGGGCCCUGUCAUUCUCUCCUUUUCUCCCUCCGUGGCUGGCCACCAACCCCCAGAAGCUGUCCACCUGCCUGCCCGUUAGUCCGUCCGUCUGUCUGUCUGUCUGUCUUGUAAUAAAAUCCUCAGGGCCUUUAGGGGAUGUCAGGGAGCCGAAGGAGUACCCCACUUUCCCUGACCCCCUCCUCUACACUCGGGCCCUUCCAUGGAGCCAGGGCUCUGAGUGAGGGGCUUCUGGGUUAAGUGUCUGCUGCUGUCAGAGCAGGGAGUCCCUGAUCUAGGACUUGGUGGAGAGCAGUGGCUUCCCAUUUUCUCUGUCCCCCUCUGCCCCCAAGUAACCUUGUUUCCUUAAGCCUAGCAACGGGUAAUGCCAAAAGCUGUUAAGUUUUAACCUGUAGAUGUGUGGAGGGGAGUGGAGAAUGGAGUGUAGGACCCUCCCUGCCUCCAACUCUGACUCUUGCCACUGACCCAAAGACAGUGGGUGGGUUUUCCCCUUGAGACAAUCCUGUGUUUGCCUGGACUGCCGUGGCCCUCCUGGGCCCUGCCGUGGCCCUCCUGGGCCCUGCCAUGGCCCUCCUGGGCCCUGCCGUGGCCCUCCUGGGCCCUGCCAAUCCUACCAAGCCUUGAGUCACUUGCCUUGCCCCGGAGCUGCUGCCCCCUGCUUGGACUUUGGCUCUGGAUUGUGUUGGGCCUUGGGGCACUGAUUACCCAGGUGGGGUCUGGCAUGCUGAGGAUCAUGUUUUCUAGCACCUCCGGUGGGUGGGGGUGGAGGUGUUCACCUGGGCCAGGCCGGAACAGGAACCCCUUCCUCCCCAUCACACCCCACCGUGUCCCAACAUGGCUGCUACGGGAGCUGACUGUUGGGUUUCCCGCGCGGCAGGGAAGGGCCUGUGCCGGGUUUGGAAGCCCUGAUUGGGCCAUGAGGGAGAGGCAGGGGGGGUGGCGAAAAAGACCUGCAGGCCUGCACAGAGCUUUAAGCCCUCUGGAAGAAGCGCCGUCCGGGUGGAGGAUGCCCAGCCCAGAAAUGGCAACGUAGGCCUGGACUGAAGCCCCAGUUAGGGUGGGUGCACUGACAGGCUGAGAUUUGUUCCUUCUCUAGCCAGGGCAGACACCCAGCUGGCGGGGUCCUUCCUCAGCCUCGCCUCCUUCCUGUCCCCCAACCUUCCUUUUUGACCCCCUGCUUCUGGACUGCUGGUCCCCUUUCCUUCCCUCCCGCCAACUGUUUCUAGUUACCACUGACCUGUGGCCAUGAGCUGACCAGACCAGCAUACAAAAUAAAAGUUGGUUCCAAGUUGCCAGUGUCGUGGUCCCUGCCCAGCCCCUCCAGGCAGGUGCUGCCCACGGGGUACGCUGCAGCUUUGCUGUCCCUGAGCACCCAGUGAGCAGCCGGAGCAGGGCUGGGCCAGCUGGGCUUAGGUUCUCCUGGCUGGCAGGUGUGGCUCCGACACCCAGGCUCCUCCACUUGCUGUGUGAUGCAGUCAAGUUACCAACCUUCUCUGAAGGGCAGUUUCCUCAUCUACAACUAGAGGCCAGUUGCUACCUCAGGCUGCUGGUGAGGAUUCAGUGAGGAAAUCUGUGAAGCCCCUGACACAGUGCCCUGGCCCAUGGGGAGGUCCUCAGUAAAUGGCCACCACACUCUACCAUCCAUGCCAGCAUCUUGCUCUGGGCUGGACGAGGAGUCCCAAGUCCAUAGCAGAGGCCAAGAGCUGAGGUUCAGGCUGAAAGGAGAAAUGUGGCAAUGUGGCAUUGAUAUGUUUGUGCUGUGGGGCUGGGGCUGUACUAGGUGGCCUCACGUACUUCAUGUUCUUUGAUGGUUAUGACUGCCACCUAUGAGGUAGGUGCUAUUAGUUCCAUUUUUCUAAUUUAGGAAACUGAAGCUCAGAGAAGUGUCCCCCAGCAAGUGGCAGUUCCUGCACCAGCUUUGCCCUCAGCCUUUCAGUCAGCAGCCUGGCCUUGGCCUUUCACCCUGCCUGCGUGUCUGCUGGCUGUUUUCCUCUUGCUUUUUGGCUCUGGCUCUGCUUAUGGGGGCUGCUGCUGGCCCAGCCCACUGGGUGCCUUCAAAACAGGCCUGCAGUGUUCAGCACGCUUUGCUCUUUCUGCCCCCGUGGCAGGCGCUAUGGAAUUUGUGCCUCCGCAGGCUUUAGUCCUGGCUCUGGGAGCAGAUGGAAGCUUUUGUGUGAACUCUUUUGGCCCCUACAAGUGGCAGUGGUUGCCAUAACCACUUUUUUCACAUUCAGAAGCUGUGCCCCCUAUGCUGGCCUCUGCCAUCAGACAUUCGAGAGGGCCGGGCUGGCUCUUGGUGCUCACCAGGCGCACACCUGCUGGCAUGCCACUGAGUUAAGUGUCUCCCUGUCAUUAACGCGGAUGACAGAGGUCCCUUACAGGUCCAAGCCCUACCAACUAUCCAUUUGGAACAAGACACCAGCCCUUUUGUAGUUGAUGAAGAAUAAAGUUGUUAAUCCUGUCAUCUUUACUGGCAGAUCCUGGCCCUUCUGUACGUGCAGCAAACGUGUACGGAUGUGUUAGCAGGAAUAAGGCCUUCUGAUGGGGUGGGACAGAGAUGGCCCAGAUCCCAGUCAGGACCACCGUUCUGCUUAUUGGCCACCUCGGCACAGCGUGAACAAAGGCAACAGGAAUAGAAGGUGGUGCAAGGGGAAGUGGAAGUUUGAGUGGGGUUGAGGGGCUUACCAGGAGGACGGUGGAGUGGGGGCUGUACGUGUGACAUGAGGGGCACCUAGGGUUUGCACAUGCACAGGAUGGCACAUGCCAGGACCAGGACGGGCACAAGCAAAGGCACCUGGCUCGGGCCAUGUGGCAAGUUCCAGGAAGCCAUUCCCUGGUGCUGUUUGGGGUGUCUUUGUUGAGAUGAGUUGUUGGGUGAACCGGGGAGGGAAGCGAGCAGGAGAUGAGAGAGGGAGGACAGUUUCCCACAUGCUGAGUGGAGAGGCCAGCUGGCCCUCGGCCCCAGGCUGGGUUUGCUCUCUGCCCAGCACCCUUCCCCUGUGGCAGUUUGUCCUCCACAUGACUGGCUUCGUGCCCUGGGCCAGGUGCCAUGGUCGGGGAAAGAGCUGUGAGAGACCCAGUGGGGAGCUACCCAGAGCCCUUGAGCAGGUCCUAGGAGUCACUGAGUCAGGGAGAUGUUUGCAGGGAAGGAUCAGGACCCGUGUCCCCUGAGCUGGCAGGUUCUGGCUCUUCAGGGGACCCCCAGAAGCAUUACAGUGCGACACCUGCUUGGCCCAUCCCAGAAACACGGGGCAAAUAUCUAAUUUCUGUGGAAGAGGGUCACAACACUCAAGGUGGACGUGGUCAGUAGUUAAGAGUAACUUUUUCUACCUCUUGCUCAAACCGGGGUUUGCUCAAACAUCACUGAAAAAAGCCGACUUGCCUCCUGCUUCAUAGUGGGCUAUCAGUGACAGCUCCUAAAACACCUCACUUCCUUCUUCUGCCAACCUGCCGCCCAGAACCAGACUGGAGUCAGCCUGGCCUCAGACCCCGCUGCCCCCACUCCCACAUCCCAGUUUUAGCCAAGAGGUGAACACGGAGGCUUGGCUUCUGCAAUUGAGUAACUCUUAGGGGGCAUUGUUUUGGCCAGCAUUCAUUCUCCCAUUUUCCCAAGAGCAGUCUCAUAAAUAGCCACCACACUCCUUUAAAUCCAGGGCAUAAUUUAUUCUUUUGCAUAGGCAUAAAUUAGAAUCUGGAGAUACAAAAUUAAGAACCAAGAGUGCAGCAUUUGUGACAGGAGAGCGCGAAACAAAACCUGGCUGACUCGGGCCGGGCUGUGCAGGGGGCGCCCUGGAGGGCUCAGCCCUGGCACAGCAGCCCUUCCUGUCCCUUCCCAACAGACCAGAACCAGUGGCUACAUCUGGAGCCGUUGCCCCAAGCCCUUCUGGCAACCAGGUUCCAAGGAACUGAAUUAUCACCCAAAGCCCCCCAGAACGGGGCUAGGAAGUCAAGCCCUUAGCUUUUCUUUCAGUUAAAAAACAGACCUUGAAAAAUAUAUACAUAAUACAGUUGGGCCUGCUGGGUCUAAAAGCCCCUCCUCACCCCCCUCCCAACCCAGUGUAACUGCCAGCUCCUCCCCCAGCCCCCACCCUGACUCCCGUCCAUGGAAAAUGAGCCAGAAAAGGAAACAAAAUCUGAGCAAGAGCUGAAAGACCCCAAAGGGUAGCCUGAGGGUUAGGGCCUCCUUACAGCAGGUGCCUGAGUAGGUUUAUGGGGGGCAGGAUCGACCGUGACACCCAGAAUGUCACCAUCAUCACUGGACCCCACAAGAGCCUAGGGAGCUCCUUGCUUCUCACCCUCCCAGCUGCCCCCAGAUGCUUGUGUGCCAGCGAGUCAACUCCUCUUCACAGCAGCCCUGUAGGGCAGAGCAGAACUGCCCCGUAGGGUUUCCUAGGCUGUAAUCUACAGGAACCCAUCUCCAGGUCUUUCCUCCCACUGAGCAGCUGGUGGGCUCAAACCACUGAACUUUCGCUUAUUAGCCAAGCACUUAACCGUUGUGCCACCAGGGCUCCUCAUCCCCACGUGUUAGUGGUCCCAAAGAGCCGAUGGGGUUCCUGACCCCCGGGGAAUGUGGUGAGCUCGCUCUGGGGCACUGGCAGGCCAUGGCAGGAAUGGGAUGCCGAGUGGGCCUGCCUCAGCGGCAGGGAAGAAAAAGCAACUCUUCCCAGCAAAGGAGAGUCCUGUAGGCCUGCCCUGGCCGCUCAGAGCCACACAGGGCAACUGCCCUGAUGAAGUGCACAGGACCCAGUGCCCUCUAGGGUACGAGAAGUCCCCGGCCCCACCUAUACCCAGGACAGAUAACAGUGUGCAGAUACCCCUCAGGGAAUCCAGGGCCAGGCUUCCUAGAUGGGCAGCAGCCACACUGGAAGAGCCCAGCAACCGUACACUAGUGCUUCCUCUCUGGGCUUCAGUCCGUGCUGUGCUGAGCCCCCUCCCCACACAGGAGCAGCUCUGCUCAUCUGCCCAGGCCCUGGCUUGUCCUGCCGGCAGCUUUGGCACGUGCUUCGUUCCCAUGCCUCUGGCAGCAGCUCCUGGGAGGCAGCCCCAUCACCAAGGCCCAAGGCCAGGAGGCUUCCCCUGUCCUUUGUUGAAGCGUGUUCAUUCAUUACCCUUCCCCGUGAUAUGGUACAUAUAUACACCCUCCCAGGAGGGGGACAUCAACCCUGGCUGACAUGAGGACAGCCAGGAAUAAAGGGAGACCACCGGGCUACUGUCCACCCCAAGCUGCCCAUUGCUCAGGACAGCCCUGUGUGUCCUCUUGUGUCCACCGGGGCAGGAGCUCUUCUUUCUUGCUCCUGGAAGUUGGCGCUAAUCAAGCAUGUGGGGAAGUGGCAGGGUACUGCUCACCCACCCCAGAGAAGGCAGAUGCGGCGUGCUGAGAGGGGCAGCCCAGGCCCACGGGCUGGCCUCCUGGUGGCUGGCGGCAGGCACGAGCAAGAAAGUCUAGUGGGCAGGGUCCCCGUGCACCCUGAAGCGGUAGAUGCAGGUGUACUCAGGGUGGCCCCAGUUGGUCAGGAUUCGCAGCUCCACCACCUGGUAUGUGGCCAUUGUAGGGUCCUG